UUUCUGUAUGGAACUUACACUUUAUAUGGCGCAACUUAUACGACUGAUGACGUGCUUCCAAGUUUGGAAGAACAAGGAGUUCGCCAGUUAUAUCCUAAAGGGCCAAACAUUGAUUACAAGAAGGAACUGAGAGCACUGAACCGAGAGUUGCAGCUUCAUCUAUUGGGACUUGCAGAUGUGCUUGUUGAGCGACCAUCUCAGUAUGCAUGGAGAGUGGAAGAGAUAUCUCUUAUUUUUCGGAACUUGCACCAUCUCCUCAAUUCUUUGCGUCCUCACCAAGCCAGAGCUACACUAAUUCACAUUUUAGAACUUCAAAUACAAUGUCGUAAACAAGCAGUGGAAGAUAUUAAGAGGAUUCAGCAUAUGGUCCUCUUCCCUCCCCCCCUUGUCGCUGUUUCUUGCUUUUUCACUUGGGUGUUCAGAAGAAGAGAAGAAGCGCAGCAGCUGCUCAAAGAAUCUCUUGAAACCCUAGAUGGACACUUGCCUUGAACUGUAUUUCUGAUAACUAUAUUUGCCGGGUACAUAUUAUCCAUGUUCUAUAUUAAGAUGGAUUUUGCGUAGCCACUGCCCACUUGAGCUUGUUUCCUCUGUAAGAGUUAAUAAGUUGCCAUAAUCAAAGAUGAAAGAACAAAGACGAGGUUCAUGGGUCCAAAGUUA